CAGUAAAUUUUGCCUCCUCUUGCAGUAAUUUAACAGUGUUCACAAGGGAGUGAUUUUAGUAUACAACCAAAUGAUAUAUUUCCUCUGCGCCUUUCUCCACAAUGUCUAUGUGUAAUUUAUGAGAUGCUUUUUUUUUUUUUGCUUUAGGAGCCUGACAGGGGAAAACUAUUGAAAACAUGGUACACAUCCUUUUUCCUGGAAAAACACAUAUGACCUGUAUAGGAAGCCCUUGUAUCACUGUAUUAUCUAUUUAGAGUCUUGUGAGUUUUGAGGCAGAUGGUACCAAAAGGAGUCACUCAUCCAUAAUAUUGCAAAAAGUUGCUAGUUCAUAUGUUUCUGGAAUGUAUGAUAACUUACCUUAUUCUUGUAGAAUGCAUAGAAUAAAAUUAAUAUCUGAAAACUGAUCUCCAGGUUGGAAUUUUGACUAAAUAUGAUUAGGACAUGUAAAGCUAUGAGGUGUUAUUUUAGAGGGGCAAGCAAUAGUCCAUUGGCUCAGUUUUCUUUCUCUUCUGAAGAUGGCAGUGACAGCGGCGACUGCGGUGGAAUCCCUGUUUUUACAUUUUGUUCAGUUGCUUCUUUUGGUAUUUGCACUCUUGUCAACUAUUUCUGCUAGAAAUUUCGUCAAGAAAUCAUUGUUCUUGUCUGUUGUUGAUUAAUAAAAUCAUGCUGCAACUUUUUUUUAUUUAAAUAGAUUGAGUUAUUUGGGGCAUACAAAAAUAUUCUAUCCAGCCAUAGUUUCCUUUCCAACUAUUGUUCUGUCUAUAUCCUGAAUCUGUCUUACUGCAUUCUUUUGUUUAGCUCUUUCUUGCAUUCUAGUUCCACACUGAAAAAAAAAAUCAUCUCGAAACGUUGAACUCUUAUUUAUGCUCUUGGUCUGAUUAUAUUUCUUAUUAAUGUCGUAAACCAAAUUAUCUGAAAUGGUCACAGAAGAGUUAGCAUUGGAGUUUGCCGAAUGUUAAUAUCUGAGUUGAAUUUGAAGCGGUUGCUUGUAGUAGAAUUCAUGUCCAUCCACGAUGAAAAAGUUGCAGAAGCCACGGGAUUGCAAUGGUCUGAUGAACUCCAUGAGGGAGAAUUUGAUGAUUUGGCUACAUUGAACUUUGACUCUGCAGAAACUCAUCAACCAAAUCCUCCAUCACUUAGAAAUUGCAACUCAUCUACUUCAAGCAUGCGAACAAAACAGCAGCAAUAUAGCUAUGGUUUACACUUACAGUUGGUAUUGGGUUCACUUCAAUACGGCAAUGUGAAUAUCGAAGUGUACAUAUUUACAUAACGACCUGGCUCGCAGAGGCGAACAUAGACAAAUGCAGGU